AUUGAAGAAAGCAGCGACUUUACUUCUCUCUCUCUUUCUCUCUGACUCUGAAAAAGAUGAAGUGGAGAAGUUAAUGUUCACCAACUUAAUACUGCAAAGUCUGAAUCUUUCUUCCUUCUUCUUUGCCUUCUCUUUCAAGUGUGCGUCCCUCAUUCUCCUCUCUGGUGAGUUUUGAAGAAAGAUUGAUUGAAGUCGGGAGUAGCAGAGGAGCUGUCUCGGAUCUGGUAAGCGAGAGAGAAAGAGAUUUGAGUUUACUCACCAGACCAAAUCUUGUUGAGAGAAACAAAAAAAAAAAUGAGUAAAGAAGAGUUUAUGAAGAUCCAGACUUGUGUUCUUAAAGUGAACAUUCACUGUGAUGGCUGUAAGCAGAAAGUCAAGAAAAUCUUGCAGAAGAUCGAAGGUGUUUUCACGACCAAGAUUGACUCAGAGCAAGGGAAAGUGACUGUCUCAGGGAGUGUAGAUCCUUGUGUUCUCAUCAAGAAGCUGGCCAAAUCUGGUAAACAUGCUGAAAUCUGGGGAGCUCCUAAGGGUAACAACAAUCCCAAUCAGUCCCAAAUGGCGAAUCAGUUUAAGGGGAUGCAGAUUGACAAUGGAAAAGCAAGCGGCGGCGGUGGUGGCGGCGGCGGAAACAACAAUAACAACAAGAAAGGUCAGAAGGGCGGCGGAGGAGGUAACAGUAAUGCACCAAAGAUGGGUCAGCAACUGAAUCCUCAACAGAUGCAGCAGCUUCAACAGCUUCAGAAGAUGAAAGGGUUUCAAGAUCUGAAGCUUCCUCCUCAGUUAAAAGGCUCUGCUUCAGCGAACAAGAACCAAAACCAGAACCAGAAAGGAGUCAAGUUCGAUGUUCCUGAGGAUGAUGAUGAUGAUGAUGAUUUUAGUGACGAGUUCGACGAUGAGUUUACUGAUGAUGAUGACGACGACUUUGAUGAUGAGUUCGAUGAUCUCCCUCUUCCCUCUAAUAAGAUGAAGCCUAAUAUGAUGAUGCCUAAUGCUCAACAGAUGAUGAUGAACGCUCAAAAGAACGCUAAUCUUGGCGGUGGUCCCGCUAAAAACGGCGGUAAAGGCGCUCCCGGCGGCGGUGGUGGUGGCAAGGGUGGUCCUGGUGGCGGCGGUGGAAAUCAAAACCAAGGCGGCGGCAAAAACGGCGGCGGUAAAAACGGUGGUGGUGGUGGACAUCCGCAAGACGGUAAAAACGGUGGCGGAGGUGGUCCACACGGCGGAAAGAAAGGUAACGGCGGAGGUGGGCCUAUGUCUGGAGGGAUUCCGGGCGGUUUCCGACCCAUGGGAGGCGGAGGAGCACCACCGAACAUGAGCAUGCCUAUGGGUAUGGGUGGUCCGAUGGGAAAUAUUCCGGCGGUUCAGGGAUUACCAGCGAGUGGUCCGGGCGGUGCACCGCCGGGUUAUUUCCAAGGGGGCGGGGCAGAUCCGAUGCAAAUGCAGCAACAGCAAUAUUUAGCAGCUGUAAUGAACCAGCAAAGAGCUAUGGGGAACGAGCGGUUCCAACCAAUGAUGUACGCACGUCCACCACCGGCGGUUAACUAUAUGCCGCCAAACCCGCACCAAUAUCCGAAUCCGCAUCCGUACCCGUACCCGUAUCCAUACCCACAACCUUACGGGAAUGAUCAAUACUCUCAUGCCUUUAGCGACGAGAACACAUCAAGCUGCGAUAUAAUGUGAGAAAAUGGUCAAACAAUUCUAAAAUAAAUCACCAAAAUAGUUUGUGUAUUACUGAAUCCUUAAGUUGGGUUUUUUUUUUCUUCGAUGGAUCGUCGAAUGCCAAGUUGUUUUAGGUUGGUUUUUUUUUUUUUUUUUUGGCCUGAUCACUUUGUGAUAGCUUCGGUAAUUUAAUAGAGAGAAUAAUAUAAAAACUUUUUAAAAAAAAAA